AUGACAAGAUAACCCAAACACCAAAGCUAUAAAAAAAAAAGGAACCACACCAUCACCAUCAUCGCAAACACCACUAAUACCAAUCAUAAAAACGGGCGAAUCCUCCACCAGACAAAAAAAAAAAGGACGAAGACGACGAAGACCAACUAAGACGUCCGAUAGACCAAAAUACAACGAUAACGUUGAAAUAAAGAAGAACAAGACUUUGGAGUUAACCCGCCAAUUUUGCUAAAAAAAAAAGAAAGACAUUUCAUCCCAAAGUAAACAAAGGACGAAAAAUCAAUAAACUCAAGAAAAAAAAAAAAAAACUAAAUCUAUCCAGACGGACAAAAGAAAACCUUCCCCGCCACCUUCUCUCUGGAGGCCUCAACUGGAAUUACAAACAAAACGAAGAAGAAGAAGGAAGAAAAAAAAAUGAAUAAACUACUCGCACAAUCAAGAAAUUGGUUCUUCCUGGCUGAAUAAAAAAAUCAUUAAAACCGUUAUCCCUGUGUCCGUCCAUCAGCACAAAUAUUUACGAAGAAUCAACUUCAGCAAAAAUUCCCUGUGCUUUUCCAUCCAUCCAGCUUAUAUUUUUUUUUUCUUCUGUUUGUCCGAACAAGGAUCAUCCGAAGAAUCCUUUUUUUUUGGCCGAACUACAACGACAACACCAAAAGAAAAAAAAAUUACCCCAACCCGAAUUAAAUUGGACUUGAUAGAGAUUGCGAAACAGGAAGAGUUCAUCUUCUGCUUGACCUGCGACAAUAAAGUUGUUUUAACAAAAAGGACAUAUUUCAUUCACCUUUCUUAUCUCAUCUUAGAGAGAGAAAACUAAAAAAAGGAUUACAGGAACCAAGGCAUUAUUAUAAUAAUAUAAAAAAAAAGAGAAAGAAAGAGUGUGAAAGAGUGUGAAAGAGAGAGAGAUAAAAUGAGACUUCCGUAUCGAAAUAAGAAGGCAACCCUAUGGGUUAUGUUCGGGAUAGUUGUUGUCACAAUGUUUGUGUUCAAAUUUACGGAGCUGCGUCCGACGUGUUUGUUCAAGGAUGACCAAGAGUCUGUCAUGGUCAGAGAAGAGAAAUAUGUGAUGAGCGAAGACCAAAAAGUCUACUCCUAUAACAGAGAAAUGCCAUUAAUUUUCAUUGGUGGUGUGCCCAGAUCAGGAACAACAUUAAUGCGGGCCAUGCUCGAUGCACAUCCAGAUGUUAGAUGUGGCCAAGAGACACGUGUUAUACCACGAAUCCUUCAGCUUCGAUCGCACUGGCUGAAAUCGGAGAAGGAAAGUUUACGGCUCCAAGAAGCCGGUAUCACGAAGGAAGUCAUGAAUAGUGCCAUUGCACAAUUCUGCUUGGAGAUUAUCGCUAAGCACGGGGAGCCAGCGCCACGGUUGUGCAAUAAAGAUCCACUUACUCUUAAGAUGGGUACCUAUGUGAUAGAACUGUUUCCAAAUGCAAAAUUCCUUUUUAUGGUUCGUGAUGGUCGGGCGACAGUGCAUUCAAUUAUUUCACGGAAAGUCACGAUUACUGGAUUCGAUUUGACGAAUUAUCGCCAGUGCAUGGCAAAAUGGAAUCAUGCGAUUGAGGUGAUGCACAACCAGUGCAAGGAAAUAGGGAAGGAGCGUUGCAUGAUGGUCUAUUACGAACAACUGGUGCUUCAUCCCGAAGAAUGGAUGAGGAAGAUUUUGAAUUUCCUAGAUGUGCCAUGGAAUGACUCAGUGCUGCAUCAUGAGGAAUUCAUAAACAAACCUAAUGGGGUGCCACUGUCUAAAGUGGAAAGAUCUUCAGACCAAGUAAUCAAACCGGUCAAUUUAGAAGCAAUGUCUAAAUGGGUGGGUCAAAUACCAGAAGAUGUUGUACACGAUAUGGCUGAUAUAGCGCCAAUGCUGUCGGUAUUGGGCUAUGACCCGUAUUCAAAUCCACCGGAUUAUGGUAAGCCAGAUGCUUGGGUGCAGGAUAAUACUUUUAAGCUAAAAGCCAACAAAAAGCUAUGGGAUAAUCGUGCCAAAGAAGUACUUCAACUCCUUCCGGUCGAUAAAGAUACAAAAUCAGACGAGGAUAGUUUAAACGAUUUGUUCUCAGAUAUUCGUUUAGAUAAGAAACUGCAACAACAACAAUUGCAGCACCAAGCACAACAUGAAGACGAAGAUGAAUUACAACAAGCCGAUACCAAACCAAAGGACUCACAAUCAAAAUCGAAAAAACUCACCAUCGGGAAAACAUGAUACCGAAUUCCUAUUCGCAUAAAUCAUAAUAAACAAUUUAUUUAAAUUAUUAUUAAUUUUUGUUAAUUUUAAAUAAUAUAAUAUAAUUAAAUAACUUUUUUUUUUCAUUAACAAAUAUAACAUUAAUUGUUUAAGUUUUAAUCUUAAAAUUUUAUACAAAAAAAUAAUAUUUUAGUCAUUAAAUCAAAUCAUGUUGCAAUUUUUUUUUUAACUUUUUUUUAUUAAAUAUAUAUUUUAGUUUUAGCAAUAUAACAUUUUUUAAUAAAUAAGGUAGGUAUAUAUAAUUAAUAUAUUUAAACAAAUGUGGUUGAUGCCAUUUAUUUGGGGGGGAAGAGCUUUUUUUCUACAGAUUUUAUGAUGUUGUGAGUAUCGAAUGCAUUUAAUUGAUUUAUUUUAUAAUUAACAAGUGAAAAUAUUAUAAAUAUAUGUCAAUGUUUUUUUUUUUAUUAAUAAUUAAUUUAGCCAAGAAAAACCAUAACAAAUAAUUGUAAAAACAAAAAUUAUAAAGGUAAGAUAUUGUUAUGAGCUUUUAUAUUAUAUAAUAAAAAAAUAAAA